AGCGAAUCCGAAAGUCUUUUUGCAUCGAAGGACACAGAAAAGCCUACGACACUCUACAGCAUGGGCUACACGUAUCUUAAGGAACGGGCGCCGCAGAGCACCAAGUCAACAGCACCCGCUUUCGGUGUGUCGACCAUCGUCAAAGGGGUCAUCGAUGACAUCCGGGAGAACGGCGAUUCAGCCGUGCGCAGAUACUCGGAGAAGUUUGAUAAAUGGUCACCUGACUCCCAUAGACUGUCCCAGGAAGAGAUCGAGGCAAUCUUGGUAGAGGUCCCGGAGCAGACCAUCGCCGACAUCAAAGAAGUUCAGGCGAAUGUGAGACAAUUUGCCGAGGCGCAGCGCAAGUCGAUCCAGGAUUUCGAGAUUGAGACGCAGCCGGGCGUGUUCCUGGGCCAGAAGAACAUCCCUAUCCAGACCGUUGGCGCCUACAUCCCCGGCGGCCGGUAUCCGCUCCUCGCAUCAGCGCACAUGACCAUCCUAACGGCCAAGGUAGCCGGAGUCAAGCGUGUAAUCGGAUGCACGCCGCCAAUUAACGGCAAGAUCCCCAGCAGCACAGUGGCAGCCAUGCACCUCGCCGGGGCAGACGAGAUCUACAUCCUGGGCGGCGUGCAGGCAGUGGCCGCCAUGGCGAUCGGAACGGAAGCCAUUCCCAAGGUGGACUUCAUCGCCGGGCCCGGCAACGCCUUCGUAGCCGAAGCCAAGCGACAGCUCUUCGGCGAGAUCGGGAUCGACCUCUUCGCCGGACCGACGGAGAUCCUAAUCGUCACGGACGAGACAGCCGAUCCGUUCACCGUGGCGACCGAUAUCCUGUCGCAGGCCGAACACGGUCCAGAUUCACCGUGUAUAAUUCUGACCACGUCGGAGCGGGUGGCCAGAACGGCUAUCGCGUACAUCAAUCAGAUCCUGAAGGAGUUGCCCACUGCGGCGCUGGCGGGCGUCUCGUGGGAGAAUUGGGGCGAGGCGAUCGUGGCGGGUACUAUGGAUGAGGCGUGGGAAAUGGCGGAUCAGAUCGCGAGUGAGCAUGUGCAGAUCUUCACUGAGAAUCCGCGUGAUGCCUUGGAGAAGAUGACAGCGUAUGGUGCGCUGUUCCUGGGCGAGAGGACCUGUGUUUCGUAUGGUGAUAAGUGCAUCGGAACAAAUCACGUACUUCCGACGAGAAAGGCUGCUCGCUACACUGGAGGGCUCUGGGUCGGCAAGUUCUUGAGGACCAUUACCUAUCAGGAGGUCACUUCAGACGAAGCCAGUGGAAAACUUGGUCAGCUGUGUGGUCGGGCAGCUAGGGCCGAGUUUUUCGAGGGACAUGCCCGCUCGGGAGACUUGCGGGCUCAUCUGUACCUGAAGGAAAGAUUUGAAUGGAUAGAACAGGGGCACGAAAAGAGAGAGCGCCUGACUCAGCGGCCUGAUCCAUGA